GGGUCUCCAAUGUGACGUCACUUCCUUUCCAAAACCAAACUGGUAUCGUUUUCUUUCCCGACCCAAACUCGGAAGCAAAACUCUCUCUCUCUCUCUCUCUCUCUCUCUCUCUCCAUAUGCAUAUAUCUGCCCUCUGCGUCGGUCGGUGCCUUCUACCUUGCGCUCGUAGAGAUAAGAGUUUUACUUUAGGUUUUGAUUGAUUCAGUAUUCAGAGACCAGCGUAUUUGUUUUUGUUGCCGAUGAAGAUCGUUCGUAGAGACCUCGUUCCCGAUGGCCCUGGUAGCGUCAAGAUGGUUCCAGAUGAAGCAGACGACUUAUGGCUUGCUUACAAUCUCAUAGCUGAGGGCGACACUGUCCUAGCCGUUACCGUUAGGAAAGUACUAAGAGAAGCGGCCUCUGGAGGACGAGAUGCAGAACGUGUGAAGCUGAAAUUGGAAAUAAAAGUUGAGGCUAUGGAUUAUGACAAAGAGGGGUCCGUCUUGCGUAUACGUGGCAAGAAUAUCCUAGAGAAUGAGCAUGUUAAGAUAGGGGCAUUCCAUACACUUGAAAUUGAGCUGCAUCGACCUUUUGUUGUAAGAAAGGAGGUUUGGGACUCACUGGCAUUAGAUGUUCUCCGUCAAGCCUCUGACCCUACUGCAAGUGCCGAUCUGGGUGUGGUCUUAAUGCAGGAGGGGUUGGCAAGUAUCUUCCUUGUUGGUAAAAGUGUCACAACUACACGAUCUCGAAUAGAAGCUUCAAUUCCUCGCAAACAUGGGCCUGCUGUUGCUGGCUAUGAUAAAGCUUUGAAUAAGUUCUUCGAGAAUGUUUUACAGGCUUUCCUGAAACACAUUGACUUCAAGGUUGUUCGCUGUGCGGUGGUUGCAAGUCCAGGUUUCACAAAGGAUCAGUUUCAUCGGCAUUUAAUGUUGGAGGCUGAAAGGAGACAACUGAGAACUAUUAUUGAGAACAAGUCACGCAUAAUCCUUGUGCAUACAACCUCGGGAUACAAGCAUAGCUUGAGAGAGGUUCUGGAUGCUCCAAAUGUUAUGAACAUGAUAAAAGAUACAAAAGCGGCACAAGAGGUCCGCGCCCUUAAAGAUUUUUUCACCAUGCUUUCAAAUGAUCCUGCUCGUGCAUGCUAUGGACCAAAGCAUGUUGAGGUUGCCCAUGAAAGAAUGGCUGUCCAAACCCUUCUCAUCACAGAUGAGCUUUUCAGGAAUGCCGAUGUAGUGACGAGGAAAAAAUAUGUCAAUUUUGUCAAAUCAGUGAAGGCCUCGGGGGGCACUGCUCACAUAUUCUCGUCCAUGCAUGUGUCUGGGGAACAACUGGCGCAGCUGACUGGUAUUGCAGCAAUCCUUCGCUUCCCCCUGCCGGACUUGGAAGACAUAGAGAUGUGACAAAACACGGGGUCGUGAGCUUAUUACUCAUUUAUGCUCUGUCGUGCUGCUUUUAUUUAUACCGGGUUUUCUAUACAGUCAACAUACAGGUGAUGUAUUAUUUGUGAAGCUGGGGGAGCUUAUGGAUGUGUAGUUCUGGGACAAUUAACAUUCGUUGUCUUAUCGGAUAUCUGCAUUGUAUCAUAGCUUCCUAGUUUGCUGCCUCGGCGCCUCCCCCUCUUCCCUUUAGUGAUGGUAUUUAUUGGUGAGCUCCUAAUUGUAAUAAAGUUUAAAAUACACUGUUUUGUUGUACAUUAACUGAUUUAGUGAGCUAUCCGAGUUGCAAUAAUUUGGCAAUCCAUUUGGUGGAUAAUUACGUUUGGUUU